AUGCUGCGGCUGGGGCCGCUCGCCACCGCUGGGCGUCUGUUGUCCGCGGGUCCCCGCCUCGGGCCGCCGCGCCCCACCGGGGGCCGAGUGAACGUCUCCCGGUACUGGCCGCCCCAUCCGCCGGGGCCGGUCGGUGACUGCGGCCUCCUGUCCCGGCAGGUGCGGGCGGCGGCGGACUCGGCCGGCGGCGGUCGGGGCCCGGCUCUGAAGACGCCCAAGGGCACCCGCGACCACCCCCCCGCCCACACGGCGCUCCGUGACCGGCUCCUCGCAGCCGUAGUGGCCUGCUUCAAGCGGCACGGGGCGGCCGCCAUCGACACCCCCGUGCUGGAGCUGCGGGAGACGCUGACAGGGAAGUACGGGGAGGAUGCAAAGCUCAUCUACGAGUUGCAGGACCAGGGAGGGGAGCUGCUGGCCCUGCGCUACGACCUGACCGUGCCCUUCGCUCGCUAUUUGGCGAUGAACAAGAUCACCAACAUGAAGCGCUACCACAUCGCUAAGGUGUACAGGCGGGACAACCCGGCCACGACCAGGGGCCGCUACAGGGAGUUCUACCAGUGCGAUUUUGACAUUGCCGGGCAGUUCGACCCGAUGAUUCCUGAUGCCGAGUGCCUGAAGAUCGUCCAUGAGAUCCUGAGUGACCUGCAGCUCGGGGACUUUCUCAUUAAGGUCAACGACCGACGGAUUUUAAAUGGCGUGUUUGCCGUCUGUGGCAUCCCAGAGAGCAAGUUCAUAACUACGUGCUCUACCGUGGACAAGCUGGACAAGAUGCCGUGGGAGGAAGUGAGGAGCGAGAUGGUAGGAGAGAAGGGGCUCUCUCCCGAGGCUGCAGAUCACAUUGGGGAGUAUGUCCGGCUUCAUGGUGGCCUGGACCUGAUCGAGCAGCUUCUCCAGGACCCAAAGCUGUCCCAGAACAAGCUGGCCAAGGAGGGGCUGGGGGACAUGAAGCUGCUGUUUGAGUACCUGACCCUGUUUGGCAUCACAGGGAAGAUCUCUUUUGACCUGAGCCUGGCGCGGGGUCUGGACUAUUACACGGGGGUGAUCUUUGAGGCUGUCCUGCUGCAGCAGGAGACUGACCACGUGGAGGAGCCAGUCAGCGUUGGGAGCGUGGCUGGAGGCGGUCGCUACGAUGGGCUGGUGGGGAUGUUUGAUCCCAAGGGACGGAAGGUGCCCUGUGUGGGGGUCAGCAUUGGGAUCGAGCGGAUCUUCUCCAUCCUAGAGCAGAAAGUGAGGGCUUCCGGGGAGAAAGUUCGAACGACUGAGACGCAAGUGCUGGUGGCCACACCUCACAAACACUUACUCGCUGUGAGACUGAAGCUCAUCUCUGAGCUGUGGGAUGCAGGGAUCAAGGCAGAGAUGCUGUACAAGAAGGAUCCUAAACUGCUGAAGCAGCUACAGUAUUGCGAGGACAUGGGGAUCCCCCUUGCUGCCAUUGUAGGAGAGCAAGAGCUGACAGAUGGAGUUGUCAAGCUGCGAGAUGUGGCAACAAGAGAGGAGGUUGAUAUCCCAAGAGAAAAGCUUGUUGAUGAGAUCAGAAGAAGGCUGGAGCCCUAGGACUUUUCUGGCCAACGCUGCUUGUCUUCAACCGCUGUGCAACUGGAACCUUUUAGUGCCCUCAGCCAUUCACUUCCUGCUGAAGUCUGGUCACCAUCUACUAGCCUGAGGCUCAUCUGCCUGGGCUAAGGCAGUGUCAACAUGGAGUAUCUGCUUGGAAAGGAGCAAGCGGGUUUUAAAAGUUACAGACAGUGCAGUCACCAGGUUAACCUUCUGUUGAACUGCUCUGAAGGAUGGGACAAGCUUGUGGGUUCCAAAUGUUGCAGGAUCUGUAACUAUAGCCAUUUCCAUCCACUGUAGGCGGUUGUGGUGGUGGCACGGGUACUGAUGGAUGUGGUGCAGCUCAAGCAGGAUCAGGCUGAGCUCAGGAGUGUGUGGGGGGAAUCUGUGGUGUGUUGGGCACCUGCAAGUUCAGGACCUAGGGAGAGGGUGGCAGUGGAAGGCCACCCCCUCCCUUCUGAGAGCUGCAAGGGCCAGCCACAGCCUGCAGCCGGGCUCUGCCGUUGGGUACAGGGCCAGGCGCGCUCGGGGGAGCCUGG